UGAUUUAUUAUGGACAUAAAUCAGUGGACAAUAAUAAAACCGCUAUUUUCUCUAUAUUAGGAAAGAAACUUUAUAAUCAUUUCUGUGUAAUUUUGAGUGCAUGUGUAUAAGAGCAUAGGUAAUUCCAGUAAUAUGUUAAAAUUAAACUGCCACUUGCACCGUAUUUUCAAGUGGCUGUUGACUGCAGUUCUAUGCAAUCACUGUAACCAUCUGUCUCUGAGGUUUUGGUGAAAUUUGCAGUCGAUAUGCAGAUGAUGGCCCAUGUGAGGCCGAAACAUGUAGUGAAAAACUAAAAAACUAAGAAAAUACAUGUAAAAUUAAGACAGUCCAAAGAAUUUUGACAUCAAUAUUAGUGUAUAAAGUUGUAUACCUGUAGUGUCCUAUGGACAUUUUAAUGAUUUUAACAAUCAUAGCAUCAAAAUACAUUUUAAGUGAACGACAUAUUCUUAAUGUCUUUAAUAUUGUUGUAUUUUCGACGGAUACUAUAGCAAAUAUACGUCAAUACAAUGGGAUGCUAAAAUAUAAUAGUAAAACUGAAAUUUUUGUGUAUUUUGAGAUGUCGAUUAUCUGAGAUUUUACAAUGUUUCUAAGGAAUUCUGUGAACAUUGUUCUAUUGACGAAUACAAUGUCAAUAUUUCCUUAUAUUCUAAAUUUAUGAAUAUUCAAUGCAAGGAAUUUUAAAACUUUGGACCUUCCGAGCUGCAAUACAGUCGUGUUCCUAAACCCACAAGGGCUUUUACGCGAUUCAAGAUUCGCGGCUCGGUACAAAAUACUACCAGUAGAUCGCAGUAGAUGGCCCUUGCAACGCUUGCAACGGUAUCUUGCCGCGACUCGUGUCUGUGACAGCCAAUAGGCGCUUCGUAGGAGAUCAUGUGACAUCUGCUGUCUUGCUCCUGUGGAAAGUUAGGGACGAGCACAUGGUGAAUUUAGUAGUGUGUUGACGUUGGGAGAGGUUAGUGGUGUGUUAGGGGAACGGGAAACGGGGCAUUUCUAACAAAGAAAACUGGAUUUUAUUUUUGUGGCGCCUAUAAGAUACUAGUCGGGGGCUGUAAUACUUCUAAAAGCCCUUCGACUGACAGCUUGAGUGUUGUAAACUCGUGUAUUAUAUUUUACUCGAUUAUUAACGCCGUCAGUAAUGGAUCAAGAUAUAAAUUUCGCCGCUCAGUGUUUGUUGGCUAUGUCACAUGCCAAAGACCAUAACUGGACUCCGGUACCAUUAGAUUUAUCACACAGAUCUAUGGCAGCAACUAGAGAUCGCAGCUAUUAUCAUAGUGGAAGUGUGAAUAAUAAUAACAAUAAUCACCACCACGCUGUUAUUGUUGAAAGCGUCAACGCCCCUAUUCCUUCCGUAUUUGUGGAACAGGAUGUUGCUGGUACCACUGUAACGGCAAACAGCAAUGAAUCGUCUUCGCUUUACAUGGUAGCCCGAAUUUUAACAGAUUUAACACGUAUCAAGCAAGAACCUGUUCCAAAUGUACCAAGCAGUCAUGACGAGGAAGGUGAUGAGAGCGACGAACUUAUGAUUGAUGAAGACGAAGAUGUAGAGGUGAAUGUGAAUGUGACUGUGUCGAACUUAAAUAAAAAGGUUCAGUUGCCAUCCAAGCUCUCACGCAAAAAUGCUGCGUUGUCUUCGGGACGCAAGAAUUCCUCGUCUUCCAGUAGGCCAUCAACGAGAUCAGUGAUUAUCAAAAAGACUCACAAAUGCGUUUACACCGGUUGUGACAAGGUUUAUGGGAAAAGUUCUCAUCUAAAGGCGCAUCUCAGGACACAUACAGGGGAGCGACCAUUCCCUUGCGUCUGGCCGGCUUGUGGGAAGCGCUUUGCACGUUCGGAUGAACUUGCCCGCCACACUCGGACACACACGGGAGAAAAGAACUUCACCUGUCCCGUCUGCAGCAAGAAAUUUAUGCGCAGCGACCAUCUCAGCAAACACGCUCGCCGCCACCCGAAUUUCGACCCGUCAGUUCUGAGGCAGAGGAGAGCCCCCAAUAAAGCCUUCUCCAUCAAUUCGAGUGAAGGAACGCCAUCGGAGGUGCUGUCAGACUCCUUGCCAUCGCCUUAGCUGCUUCUGUCCACUGCAAGGUGACGCCGUCUCUAGACGCUUUCCGUUCCUCUGUCUUGUCAUUUUGUUGCUCUUCUCCUGAUUUCAGACAAAAUAGAAUCGCUACAGUUUCGUGAUUGCUCCAACGUUUUUAUCUUUUUUUAUUAAUGGAAUAUCGACUCUCACUUUAUAUUUAUUCCUCCAGAAAGCUUAAUAUUGUGUUUUCUAUGUAUGGUUUGAAUCUCCAUUUGUGUUAGUUUUGUUUCAUAAAAAGGUAAUUAAUAUACAAACCAACAACAAUUAUAAUAUGGUUUAGAUUUGAUUUAAUAUUAUAAUGGAACCGUUUCUUUGUAAUUUGUUUGAGUGGUGUCCAAAUUACUUAUGUGGGCUGGAUUAUACUUCUUGAGAUAUAUUUUAAUAAUUUGAAGAAAUGUUAUAUUGAUCAGACCUGCAUACAUAAUGUAUGAACUACAUGUAUUGAAAUGCUACCUUUUCAUUGUGAUUAAUAUAAAAGAACGUUACAGUUCACUUACAUGGUUUCAUUAGGGUCUUUCCAAUCUUGGGGAAGGAGUGGGAUUGCUUUUUAUGUCAGUACCCUGUAUGUUUAAACAAUGCCACCAAAAUAUUAUAUGUUUGUAUUGGUUUUAAAGUCCAGUCAUUACACCUACAAUGAUUUGUUGGGUAGGGUUAAGAACAGCUUGCCUACAGGCAGCUCAUUACAUCUGGGAGAGGUGCCAUUGUGCGAUAAUAUAUGGCAUCUCUGGAUGUGGCUUCCGAAGUGUAAUAUUUUUGUACUGUUUUCAACAUUCAGUCAUUACCCCAACAAUAAUUUGUUGUGUAUGGUUAAGAUCAGCUUGCAUAGAGGUAUCCCGUUACAAUUUAACUUUGGGGGGUGGGGGUGAAAGUACGCAAUACUAUGCAGCACCUCGGAUGUAGUGCUGCUACACAAAAGUACAGUUUUAGCAUUAGGCCUAAGUUUGAUGAAACUUGUUCCAUGCAAUGCAUAUAACAAACCUCAUGUAAUAUAGUCUAAUCUAAGCUCCAGUUAAAUGUAUUGUUUUUAUAUAUACACAUUUAUUUAACAAAACUGAAAACAAUAGUGUUCCAUUAGAUCUCAUGUCAUAAAACAUCCGAAGUGUGAUGAAUCUUAAAUUCGAUGUUCUCAUGGUAGUAACUAUGGAGAGUGCCAUCUUUUGGAAUGUGGUGCCUUGUAGUCUGUUAGACGUUUACCGACGUUUCUGUCUCGAGGGUCGUGGAGUGAACCAGACGGGCAGGCAGUCAGUAAGAAGCAAGAGCAAGAAAAGCUCUACUACCUGACAACAACCAGAAUACAUGGUGGCACAUCUAAGAAGAUUGUACUCUUUUGAGGAAUCUUGUUCAGUAAACAAGAUAUUGCUCAGUGCCCUUAUACAGACGGAAACUGUAUAUUGAUUGACGCUGGACAGUUUUAUUACUAUUAGUUAUAUAUUUGUUUUUCUGAAUAAUAAUAAUAAUAAUCUCACAUAUUCCUUGAAAUCUGUGCAGGUAGUAUGAAUGUAAUCUGAACAUGAAGGUGGAUGUGUGUGAUUAUAAUACAGCACAAGUGAAUAUGACCCAUUAUAUAAAUAAAUAAAAUGCUCAACCGUUCCUACAUAGCAUAAUUAAAUAGUCUUUACAAAACAAUUGCUACAUUAGUGGAUUGUAAACACGAGGUGAGCAUCUCUCUGUCUCUCUCUCCUGUGCUGUCUCUGGCAAUGAGACUCUGAAACCAUAAUAUGAAUAGUUAUGACUGUAUCCAUAUCUCUUGCGCCAUAUCCCACUUUUUUUUCUAUCAUUAUAGUCAAUAGAGCACAAACUUAAUGAAACAACCCAGGCCUUCUUAUAAUUAUUAAUAAUAAAACUGUGUAUAAUCAAAAUGGAAGUCCUGUGUAUGAAGAAUGAUGAUCAUUGGUCCUUCUAACUUCAAUAAGAAACUGUAGAAAAACUGUAAUCCCAUUGACUAUUUUAAUAGGAACUUUUAAAUGUGGCAUUAGACUGCAGCAUUUGUAUAAUGCGGACACCAGUCCUUCUGUUUAAAUCAGCACAUAUGUAGUCUGUUCAGUACAAUUUAUAAUCUCACUUGAGGUCCAGGAAAAAUGUAGUUGAUGUGAAUUUAUUUGUGUAAGUUUAGAUUUUAUUUAGAUGAUUUUGGAGGGAUUUUAAUGAUGAAAUUAAUGUAAUUUAUUUGCAGGACGUUAUAUGUUUAAAGACUAUCCUGAUAAUGUAUACAUAAAUCAUACUUCUCUUUGUUUUAACUGACUAAAAUAUUAGAACAAACAUUCAAAACAGGAAAAUCUGUUGGCCUAUGUAUUCAAGUUUUCAGAAUUAAAAUCGUGAAAAGGUGAAACAGUGGUCCAAGUCAACAGUGAUUCUGGAAGUGCACUUCUGAUGGAAAUGACAGAAUGUCAUUUCGGUAUGUUUUGUUGUGUGUGACAGCUGCAGUUGCUACAUAUAUGUGUGCGAACAGGGUAAGGUGAUUGUGAUGCAGCUUGACUUUUGAAACAAUAUGAUAACACAGACAAAUUUCAUUAUACCACUAAAUCAAUGAAAAACAUUCCUUUAUGGUCACAGACAGUGCUAGUGAACGAGGAGCAUUACUCUCGGUAAUGUUUACUAAGUUUUGCUUAUAUGAAGCAAAUGUGUAUUUGAACAGGUUUAGAGCACAGCACAGAUUAAUUAUAUGGCAUCCCUCUUGUCUCUGUAGGUGUGUAGUUAAUAGAAGGCUGUUAGUAUAAUUACAAAUAAAGGGAAAUUGUCUGUAUAUUAAUUUUUGAAGAACGUAAACAAGAAAUUCAUUAGACUGGGGAAAAGGGUGGAAAUGUUUUCUCUCUUUGUCUGCCUCUCUUGGCACUUACAUACCCAACUGAAGUAUAUUGUAGUGUUGAUGGCCCAUAGAAUGGAUAUAUUCAUGGGCUGGAAACAUGACAAAAUCUGAUAAAUAUGUCAGUCACAAGUCAUAAAGUGACAGUGACAGGUUUGAAAAAUUGUCGUGAUCGAUUUGUGUCAUUGUUUUACCUUUUCUUCAGAGCGUACCUGGUCUGUGAUUAUUAGCAGUUACAGACAAGAUAUUAUGCAUUUUGUAUCGGAAUUCACAUGCAUAAGGGAUGUUUCAGAUGUGAUAGUUGAGCCUAUAUAAACAUGACCAUCUUCAUAUAACUUACUAUUGGUCCAAUCUGAAUCCAAUGUUGACUGACAUUGGUCCAUUACAGAGUCAAUAAUGUGCUUCUAGUGUAGGAGUAUUUGAAGAUGCAUUGUGCAGAUUCUUACUGGACGGAUGAUAUCUCUUCUAAGAAUGAGAAAUACUUCUUUUUUAAAAAAACUACUAUUUUCUACUAACUAUUUACAUUCUUUCGCUUUAGAAAUAACUAGUAGAAUAAAUGUAACCUCUGUAUCGAGUCCCACCCUGUAUUGACAGCUUCUUGGGCCACCAUUUCAAAGCGGUUGUUUUGUGAUAGCAAGAGGGGUUUCAUUAUGCAUGUCAUGGAUGUGACUCAUAAUGGCCGACUUAGUUUUAGUGUCUGGGUAGUUUAAUUACCAAAAGAAUAGCAUGUCAUGAUGCAUCCUGGAAACUACCGAAGAAAUUUUCAAUACUGUACGGUAUGCUUCAUUACAGCACAGUUCCUAAACUAAUAUAAUAAGACCAUCAACCAUUUUGAAGUGGGGGUUAUAUUAUCUUGUCAAACAGGGUUGUAGAUUUGUAAAAGGACAUAUUCAGAGAUUUUUCUUAGGUCAUUCUUUGAUCCUGCCUAGGUAUAUUGUGUUGAUACUACAAUGGGUGCAAGUGGAAAAGUCACAUGACUCUAGAAAAAUGUAUGUGCAUGUCCAGAGGUGGCAAACAUUGAACCCAUGUGCAAGACGAUAAAAUCUGUGGCAUGACAGUGGAAGUGGUCAAUCCUCACACAUGGCACAUAUAGUGUCUCUGGAAAUUGAAUCUAGUUUUGUGUUCAAUUUGAUAAAUGGAAUUAUAUUGCAAUUUUUAGUAUUAGACUUCAACAUAGUGCCUGUCAUAGCAAACACUAAUUGGUCUGAUUUUGUUUCAUUGAUUUUUCAUUGCAAAUGUUUUGAGUGUGGAAUUUUCAUGUAGAUUAUCCUAGUCUCACAGAACAGUUACAGAAAAAGAUAUUAGAACCUUCAUGUAGAUUAUCAGGCUUUUACAGGUAGAUUCAAGAGUAUGACUCAGUUGGAAGUUUCCAUGGAAUAAUGUGCAUUUUAGUUAAUUUCAUUAUAUGAGAGACUAUGUUCCUUGGAAUUACGUGUGUAAAUUAAUUGGUGUGGCAAAGAGAUUGAAGAAUAAUUCAUUUGAAUUGAUUUCAUGCCUUAAUGAAUAUGUAUGUUUCAGGAGGCAAAAUUUAACUUCUGUUAAACCCCUGUGUUUGCUACUUCAACUACAGAAUCAUCUAGUUAUCACAAAUAUGUACUGACAACAUGUCAUGCCACAGGUGUACCACAUCUUUAUCAUAGUGCAGAUAACUUUUAACUUUGCCUGCACUGCAAAGCCUUAAAACCUAUAGCCGUAAAAUGUUGCAGAGCUUGUUCGUAUCUUAAUAUUCGGAGUUCUCAGGGUAUAGCUCAAGUAUAUUAAGCAAAGUAGAUCGUUCUCAUUUAAGAAAAAAUAAUUAUCGUGGGCAGAUCAGUUUAAAAUUCUUCCACCUUUCAAAACUUCUGACAGAUACCCCGCGAGUCACUUCUAAAAAACAUGUGAUGUGUGUGUGUGUGCAACUUAGUUUACUGAAUUAUAAUGGUAUGAAUGUGUGCUGAGAAUGAAUCUCAAAGAUAACAUUAAGUAGUGUGGACAAGUUCAUAGCUUUGUAGGAGAUAACAUGCAGGCAUUAAACAUAUUACUAUCAUCAUAUUAUAUUGUAUUAUAUAACAAAGCAAUCACGAUUUUUGGAACACAUAACAUUACAAUUUGAAGAUAUUAAUUGUAGUAAGCUCAAGACAAAAUGAUUUGCAACCAUGGGAGGUUAUACUUAGGAGGGGAGAGUAGGGGUUGGAAAUUGGAGGAGUGGCGUUUUGUCAAUUCUCAAUAUUUAACAUCAACCUUAGAUAUAAUUCGUCAGCAUUUAAAAUUAGGUACUUUUACUAAGCAAACAAUUUUAACUCAGUAUUUAUAUUUAAAAAGUGUAUCUCAUGCUGGUGCAGAGUAGUUAAUAUAUUUCAGCAUCUCAGACCCAGCUGAGAAAGAAAAUGUAUUCAGCGAAAUUUCUUCAUAUGAAAUGUUAAGACGUAAUUAAUGGUUCAGUAAUGAGAAAACUAUUUUUUUGUCUUCAUUUUAGUGUGGCUAGUGUAAAAUUGAUUUUUGUGGAGCUAGGUAAGGACCAGUUCAAAAGUAAGUUCAUCUUAAAGCUUUUCAUAAGGCACCAAUCAUUUCUGUGUGUGUGUAUCUGUGCUGGGUCUUCUUAUUAAAAUCUUUAUUCCUAUUUUAAAUAUACCUUGCAGUUGUUGCAUAUAUAGUGACAAGCUUCAUGUUUCGGUAUUUUCGCUCUUGUUUUUAUGAAUAGACAACUAAAAGGAGAGUAUCUUUUAUUCUUUUGAAUAUAACAAUUUUUUAGAAUCUGAGAAAUGAGUUAGUUUGCUUUGCAGUUGAUUCAGGUUAAAAUGCAAGGACUUAUUGGUCCUGCAUUGGCAUUAGUGGCCAUUACAAGAAUGAUAAGAAACAGAAGCCCCACACUACCAAAAUCACUGCACUAAAUCCCAAAGUCUGUUAUCUGUAAACAGACUUAAUUCUACUCAUGGUCUGCUUUAAUGAACUGGCCCUCACUCUCCACUCCCCCAUAUCUUGGGUGUGUGCGUGCGUUAUAUUCUUGUGGCUUGUCUCUGGAAUUUUAUUGCAAAUAAACUGGUUCUAAUAAUGGUUCAAACAUAUUAACCAUGGAGACCAAUCUGACCUUUGGCUUUUAGUUUGGAAUAUGAAAAUGUUCUUCAUUUGCCUCACUUCCCAGUUCUUUAAAUCGGUUUUAAAUUUUGAUGAAAGUCCAAACAGUUGCAGAGAAUGUUUGGACAAAAACUGCAUAACUAGUUAUUAAAAUUAGUUCUAUGCAAAGGACAUAUGCAUAGACCAGUGACAUAGUUAGGUUUGUUUACUCUGAAGUUUCUCCAAGCACAAACAAUGGAUGGAAUAGAAAACGGUGUCAAUUCAUGUACUUGGUGGACAUUAUUAGUAAGUAUUUGGAAAAGCUAACCAUCCUAGUUUCUUUGGAUAUUUCUUGAAAUUAGAAAUUUCACUUGAAUUACAGAAAAUGUCAAUAUUACCCUAGACUUACUGUUUUAAUAACAAUAAAAACAUUUGGUACCAACAGAAGAUCAAAACUUUUAAGAUGUUGCGCAUGACAUGCAAAUUUAAUAAAUCUUGGACUUUCAAUAUCUAAAUAGACUGUAUGUCAUACAGCUUGCCGCAAGACGUCCACUGUUAGGCAUGAGCACAAAAUUUUUAACGAAUAAAUAUAAUGCAAUAUAGAAUAUCACAGAUAUAGUUUUAUUACAUUUAAAGUAUUAUUAGGGACAGGCCACUUGAAUAAACUAUCCAUGGAAAUGCAAAUAUGUUCGUUUACCUGUAAAUGCCAGAGGAACUCUUGAGCAAAGUGAUCAUUAUACCAGCUGUAUAAUUUAAAUUUGGUUACUUAACUCUGAAAAAUUAGAACAUGAUAAUAUAAGUAUAAGACAAAAUAUAAUGCUGAUAUAUUUGUUUUAGCAAAGUUUACAUUAUAAUCCACACUGUAGGGCAAUGACUUAUAACAAAGAUAAGUACAGAAAUAAUAUUAUAAUAGUGUAUUCCUGCUCAUGUUAUAAGGAGAGUACUUAACUGAAACCUGAGUGUAAAUAUUAUUCAUGUAUGUAGUGUCAUGUAAAAUGGUACAAAUAAUGAACUUGUAUAUUUAUGGAUAUUUUAAGAAAUAAAUGGUAUUCUAAAGAAA